AUGCCGAUUUGUCGAUACGAGAUAAGGAAUGAGUUCAGCUUGGCCGAUCCCGUGCUUUAUCGAGCCGCCGAUAAGGACGAUCCAGAGGCUCUGCUCGAAGGCGUCGCCAUGGCCGGCUUGGUCGGCGUUCUUCGCCAGCUCGGUGACCUCGCUGAGCUUGCUGCAGAGAUUUUUCGUGAUCUGCAUGAAGAGGUAUUAGCCACUGCUGCAAGAGGGCACGGCUUAACGAUUCGAGUCCAACAGCUUGAGGCUGAGGUUCCUUCAGUUGAGAAAGCAUUUCUCUCACAGACUAAUCAUUCACCAUUCUUCAACAAUGCUGGUGUUGAUUGGCAUCCAAAUCUACGAAUGAGCGAGAAUCUAGUAACACAGGGUGAUUUACCUCGAUUUGUAAUGGAUUCUUAUGAAGAAUGCCGGGGUCCUCCCAGACUGUUUCUUCUAGACAAGUUUGAUGUUGCGGGAGCUGGAGCAUGUCUGAAACGUUACACUGAUCCUUCAUUAUAUAAAGUAGAAAUGUCUGCCAUGAUUGAUUCCGAUGUUCACAGAGGAAGGAAGAUUCGGAAAGCGAAGAAGAAAGGGGCACGUGGGAGAAAUGGAGAAACACCUGAAGUUCAACCACUGUCACAAGCAAACCUCCAUCAGUUUCUCCUGGAGGAGUCUGUUGAAAAUGGUGUCAGCAAACCUGCACGUCGUGUGAAAUUAAAGAGGCGGCCACAAUAUUCUCCCUUCGACUCAAAAACUGGAAGGAGCUAUAUGGAAAACUUCUUGAAACGUUCUUCCCCAGAGCAUCAAAUGCUUCGUGAAAUCACUGAAGUUCCAAGACCUAGAUCAUCGAAUCCUUCAAGAGAGCAUGUCGAGACAAAAGGAAUUCUACCUCCAGCUAGCGAGCAAAAUAUGCAAAAAUUCUUGAAAUUUGAGACUGAUGAGGUUGCUGUCUAUGAAGCAUAUAACAAUGUAACAGAUUGUGUUCCUUCUACUUUCAAUGAGGAGACUGGUGAAAAGGAUAUAGCAGUAGAUGGGCAAGGCAAAACCGAGGGUUACUUAACUAGUUACCAGUCGGAUGAGUUUGCAAGUGAGAUGGAUAAUUUUGUUGAUGCACCUUCAACCAUGGACUCGGAAAUGGACACAGAUUCCGAGUUGAGAGUGAAUAAGGAUUUCGCCUCAUCUUCCAUCGACAGUCAACAAGCUGAAAAGCAAGUAGGACAUCUUUACUCUCUGUCAUCAGAUUCUCGUUAUACUGGAGACUCUAUAUCAGAUGAUACCAACAGUUCAUCCAAAAAGGAAGUAUCUAGUUUCUUAUCUUCUGAUUCUCCAAUAAGCUCAGCUAAUAAAAAUCUACACUCACAAGAGAUAUUUACUGACGGAAAUGCACCUGCUGAGGUCCCAGAAACUACAGUAGUUGAUGAAGCAGUUGCUCAGAAAGCGUUUGAUGAGGUCCAAGUGGAUCCACUUUCAAAACAGGGAAGCUUUGAUGAUGCGAUUGUUGAGAAAGAUUCAGUCACCAAUGACAGGCCCGACUUUGAGCAGCAAUUACCAAAGUUAGAUGAAACAGUCUCAACAAUAGAUGAUGAAGAAAAAAAGAUAAACAUGUUAAUGGACGUUCCAUGUUCUCCUAGUUUCUCUGGUGCCAAUUCACAGCCGGAAAUUGGUUCUCCACAGUCCUCAUCUGGAGAGCAUCUAGUGGAUGAACCAAAUAGUGAUAGUGAACCUCUUACGUCUUCAGUUUCUGUUGCCGCUUAUCAUACCACAGGUGAUUCAGCUCCAAUACCUGAUUGUUUGCUGCGUGAAGGUGAGUAUGAUCACAAGGAUCUUAGUCAAUUUGAAAACACACAGUCCAUGUUAAACACCAGUAACGAUAUUUCUCAGAGUGUAGUUGUUAAUGAAAAGAUCAAUAAUAUAGAGAACCCACUUCCAGGUAAAUUGGAUGAUGAAGCCCCAAAGUUGACUGAAAUUUUUCCUUCUGAUGAUACUGAUACCAACCAUACUAGAGACAGUAUAACAUCAAAGCUUUCAGAAGUAGAAAAGCUAAACGACAAGCUGGAUAAUGAGGACUCAAAUGUUAUUUCUGAUGCUUCAAAUCAUUCCUUGGGCAUCAUGGAGACUUCUCUGGGGAAAGAACUCACAGAAACAUCACUGACCAAAGAUGAGAUUGUAGACACCAAAGAUCAUUACUCUGAUAGCUCCAUUGGUAAUCAAAUAAUAUCAGAAACAUUGAUUUUGUCAUCUACAAAAAACUCUCCUGAUUGGGAGGAGGAGGAGGCAGUACUUGAUGCUCAUUAUAAAGAUUUCAUUCCCAUGGAAGAAACUACAGCAAAUGAAACUCCCACAUUUGGAAAUCCAGAAUCUUUUGAAGUCAUUGAGCCGCAUGAAAUGGGAUUAUCUGAUAGCUUGACACUCACACCAAAUGAUGUUGUAGGUCCGGGAAAUUUGUCUUGUGUUCCAGAGUAUCUUGGAGAUUCCACAAUAACGACAGGCGUUGUAGCAAAUGAAGAAAUUGACCCAGACAAGGAUGUCAUUGGACUAGAAGUUAGAGAAAUUUCUAGCUAUGAAGAUACGAAAUCACCAAGUGAGGUGCAUAACCUGUUGGAUGAAUCUUAUUCCAAGACAGAUCAAUCAGACAGUGGAGUCAUGGCUUCUCCUGUAUCUUCAGAUUCUGAUAAUGCUAUUGCAGAGGAUGUUAUUGCAUCUCUUGAUCAUGGUAACAUGGCCGAUAAGUAUAUUAACUGUUCAAGCAUGGUUGAAUCUGAGGAUGCCAGUGGUUACCUUUCGAUAACUCGCACAGAAUUAGGUUUAAUGGAGGAAGUCUUUGCAGGAGAAGCCUCUACAUCAGAUUUAUCUUGCUCCACUGUCAAUUAUUAUGAUCAUCCUAAAUUAGAAGUUACACAUGCUGUUCCUCAUUUGUAUGUUAAUUCCAGUGGCAAACCCACUGAAGCUCAAUCACCUAAUGAGCAUAAACGUGGUGUAGAUACGGAUCAGGAACUUUCCAAGAAAAGUGGCAUAGAGAAUCAAGUCUCUGACGUGAUAUGCUUUUCUAUUAAGCGUGAUGCCGAAGAAACAGUGUCAGAAAAAAUUGAAAUACCACCUGCCAACCAAAUUGAUGAAGAGUUGCCGUAUUUUGGUGAAAGAAUUUCAGAGUCAUCCCAAAACUUUAGCACUGAUGCCCCUGGAUAUCCCAAGUAUCCAUUAGGCUUCAUAUUUCCCUCAGGUAAUACUUUAGCUGAAAUAAAUCAGAUCAAUCUGGAUGAAUUACCUCCCUUGCCACCUUUGCCUCCUGUUGAGUGGAGAACAGGAAGGCUCCAGCAUGCCUUGUCUACUACAGAGAGCGAAAUGAUGAAGCCCGCGGAGUUAAUGCCGCAAGAAAUAUCCUCAUGUGCCACAUCAAUUGGAAAUGUUAAUUCUUCAGUUGAAGAGAGGAACCAUACUUUGUUUCCAAAUGUAUCCGAGAAGAUAUCGAAAGAAGAAAAGAUCGAGCAAGUCUCUUCUGUGCAUGAGACAAUUGACCUCCCUCCUAAGAUAGAAAAUGAGAAGCAGCAGGAACGUUUCGUACCUCUUCCUCUGAAUAGUGAAGUUGCAUCACCAGCAGAGGAAGAUGAAGUUGCGAGCAAGAGUCGGAUGGUGAAACCGCCCAGACCACCCAAUCCACUGAUCGAGUCUAUUGCAGUUCUUGAUAAGAGCAAACUGCGCAAGGUUGCUGAACGAGUUAGACCUGAAAUACAGAAAAUGGAUGAAAGAGAUUCACUGUUGGAGCAAAUCAGGGCUAAGUCCUUCAACUUGAAACCUGCUGUGGUUUCGAGGCCUUCUGUUAAGGGUCCUCAAACCAAUCUUAAAGUUGCUGCAAUUUUGGAAAAAGCAAAUGCCAUCCGGCAGGCAUUUGCUGGCAGUGAUGAAGACGAUGAAGAUAAUUGGAGUGAUUCGUGA